CAGAGCUGUUGCGUUCCCCCUCUCCCUGUUUUGCCUUCUGUUUCCAGAUCUUUUUAUCCGUUUGACAUUGAUAAUUAGCAAGCCCUCCAUCUAUUAAUUGUCGUGAUGUCUGCUACUGCGCAGCCACAAGCAUUUGGAGGGCCUCCCGGUCCGUCAUCGGCGCCGCUUCCUGCAAUGAACAUUGUACAAAGAUUGACCACCGUGAAUGAACAAACCUGGCUCAGUAUGGGAACGCUUGCCGAGCUAAUGAAUGACAAUGAUCGGGCCAUGAAAUGUUUUGAAAACGCUUUACGACAUAACCAGUAUUCCAUCCCGGCUUUGUCACAUAUAGCAUCUUUGUGCCGAGCACGCGAACAGUUUCAAAAAGCGAUAGAUCAUUUUAAAAUUAUAUUGUCAUUUCAAGAGGCCAAUGGAGAAAUCUGGAGCGCUUUGGGCCAUUGCUAUUUGAUGCAGGAAAAUCUUCAAGAAGCGUACCAAGCCUAUCAACAAGCAUUAUACCAUCUAAAGAACCCACGAGAUCCGAAGUUAUGGUAUGGGAUCGGAAUAUUAUACGAUCGUUUUGGCUCACUCGAACAUGCUGAAGAGGCAUUCUCUGCCGUCGUCAAAAUUGAUCCUAAAUUUGAGAAAGCAAACGAGAUCUAUUUCAGAUUAGGCAUCAUCUAUAAGCAGCAAGGAAAAUAUGAUCUUAGUUUACAGUGCUUCAAAUACAUUUUACGUUCCCCACCACGGCCAUUGACGGAAUAUGACAUUUGGUUCCAAACGGGCCAUGUGUAUGAACAACAACGAGAAUAUCAAUCAGCAAAAGAAGCAUAUGAGCUUGUCCUUGCCGAAAAUCCUGAUCAUGCUAAAGUACUGCAACAGCUCGGCUGGUUAUACCAUCAACAAACGGCAUCCUUUGCCAACCAAGCAAUGGCUGUUCAAUAUUUGACAAGAUCUUUGAAGUCAGACGAUUCCGACCCGCAAUCUUGGUACUUACUGGGUAGAUGUUAUAUGGCUGAACAGAAUUACAACAAGGCUUAUGAAGCCUAUCAGCAAGCAGUCUAUCGAGAUUCGCGUAACCCUACGUUUUGGUGUUCCAUUGGAGUGCUUUAUUUUCAAAUUAAUCAGUACCGCGAUGCAUUGGAUGCAUAUAGUAGAGCCAUUCGACUCAACCCUUAUAUCAGUGAAGUUUGGUAUGAUCUUGGCACUCUCUAUGAAUCAUGUAACAACCAGAUGCAGGAUGCCUUAGAUGCAUAUCAGCGUGCCGCAGAUCUUGAUCCAAACAAUGCUCAUAUCCGACAAAGACUAGAGCUAUUGCGUAAAACCAACGGCGUGACAGCCACAAUAGGAAACGAACGCCACAACGGUGCAAAUCCCGCUGGAGGUGGCCUUCCCAAUAUACCACCACUGGACAACUUCAAUGGUGAACCACCACUACAAGUCAAUCAGACCAGAAAUCGCGGCGAGCCGCUACCAGAGAUGAAUAUAAGAGAUCGAUGGCCAGGUAGUGGAGGGUCAACCAGUGCAAUCCAGUCACCUAUUCGUGUCGCAGACACCCUUGCAAAACCUGCGUUUACUCCUUCUCAGCGUUCAUCAUCCGGCGGUGUCACUGCUUCUCCGUCGUCGCUUCGUGUACAGAGUCCUCGAAUACCUUCUUCCCCUGCAACAAAUGAUGAGUCGGCUGCGGAUGCUUUGAUCAGUCUCCAGCGCAAACGAUCUCUUUCUUCCGAAGAGUCCGCACGCAAACGUAUGUCCAUUGACCAACCAUCCAUGUCAACCGACUGAAUGAAUCACUGCCAUGCUCGCUGUGCAAAUACACAAAAGCAAACAUACGUCCAGGUGGCGGCAUUUUAUCCUCUCUACUUUUUUCUUUUUUUUAUAUUUCCUUGCUCUCAGAUUCUAGGAUCUCCUUGUGUUUUAUAUACUUGUUUGGUCUUUGC